GACUUGAUAGUUUUCUGGGGGUAGUUCUCAAAGACUUCCCCCUCCUAAACUUUGACAUUCCUCUGGAACCGUGUGGGAGAGAUAGCGUUCGGGAUUUUUUGAUUGAUGUGUGGGAUGAUCUGGAGGAACCCCGAAAACAUAGUUCAAAUAAGGCGACUGGACGCUCUGAAUAUGAACAG